GCCUCCCUCCGUUACGGCUUUGCCGUAAAGCGGCGCUGGCGGGGCUGAGGGCGCGGCGUGAAGCGGGUUAAAAGCCCCAGUCAGACGCAACUAAAGAGGUCAGUGAAAUGUGAGAAUGGCCAAUUUAAGAAGUGAAGUGAGAAAUCUAUACAAAAACCUGCUGUACCUCGGAAGGGAGUAUCCCAAAGGAGCAGACUACUUCAGAAAGCGUUUGAAAGCAGCUUUUCUAAAAAAUAAAGAUGAGAAAGAUCCAGAGAAGAUCAAGCAGCUGAUUGCACGAGGAGAAUUUGUUAUAAAAGAGCUGGAAGCUUUGUACUUCCUCAGAAAAUACAGAGCUCUGAAACAGCGCUACUACAGUGAUGAUGAUCAGUAACUGGUGCUAAUGACUUCCAUGUAAUGAUACAGAGCCUUAAAAAAUGAACAAUAAAAGCUGUAACCUAAAACCAAAUGAAACAUUAAUCCUUCUGACCGAUGUGAAAUACAAAUUAGGCCUUCGCUUCCCUUUAAGUAGCGUCUUUAAAGAUUUUCAACUACAUCUGCCUCCUGUGUGAGGCUCACGCUGGCAGAGGCGCUCACCCACUGUGCUGGGCAGAAGACUGCGGAGUCAGCAAGGGGGUGAAUUUGGACAGGAGUGGUUUAAGCACUUUGAUCCUGAAGACAGUUCCUGCUACUGCUGAUUCCUGGCACUGCGUAAUUGCUGUAGCAGCAAUACAGAACUUUAUCCUUUCCCCUCCUGGGACAGAAGUUUGACCGUGGAUGUUUGUUCCACAGCUAAUGCCAUUGACUAGCUCAACUAGCACAGACCUGUGCCAGAACUAUGUGUGUACUAGGAUUGGAUGGUGUUUCUACCCCCAACAAGAACUAAGUGACACUGGAAAGAGAACAGAAAUAAUCUUUGGAAUAUAGGCAUUGCUAGUUCAAGAACCAACAGUCAAAGAAUACUGGCACUUUAAGAGGAAUGAAGUUUCCACUGUCAUUUAAAACAAGCAUUCAGGUAAAGCUAACAGGAUCAUGAAGCAGAAAGUAAAGUAAUGCUAAACCAAAUGCUAAUAAUUUAGUGUAAUGUACAAAAAUUACUUAAGUACUUCUUAAGAAUAAGGAUAAACUGUAUUUACAUAAUUA